ACGGAGCUGCGGCGAGGGCGGGAGGGCCCCCUGCCGCCCCCUCCUCCCGGAGGUGGGGUGGGGAUGGCGGCGCCUUCUUUCGACACAGACUCGCAGGCUCGUCGUGAAGGCCUCUGAGCGCCCGGCCUCCGCCGCCUCGCCUCAGGGCGGAGAGUCCUCCCGGCGCGCCAAGUCUACGGCCGGCCGGAGGGGGGGGGGGGAGGGGAGGAGGAGGAGGAGGAGGAGGAGGAGGGGCCAGGGCCGGGCGAACAUGGCCAGCCCUGCCAAGUGGGAGCGUCUGAGACCGCUGCGGCCGGACACGCUGCGUGUGAGUGAGCCACCAAUGAUCAACCUGAAUGUGGACAAUGACGUACAGUUUGUGAGAAAAACUCUGAAAGUCAAAAAGCCUCGAUUUGAUGCAUCCUUGGUUUAUUUGACCCGAAAAUUCAUGGAUCUUGUCAAAACAGCUCCAGAUGGUGUCCUUGAUUUAAACGAAGUAGCAACAACACUUGGAGUACGAAAACGAAGGGUGUAUGACAUCACGAAUGUGUUGGAUGGAAUCCACUUAAUUCAGAAAAGAUCUAAGAAUCUUAUCCAGUGGGUAGGUUCUAAUCUUGACCAAGUUGUUGGAAAAGCACCAGAACAGCAAAACCUUAAAGAUGAACUCUCUGACUUGUCAGCAAUGGAAGAAGCUCUGGAUGAAUUAAUCAAGGAUUGUGCUCAUCAGUUAUUUGAACUAACAGAUGACAAAGAAAAUGCAAAACUAGCUUAUGUGACGUAUCAAGACAUCCGUAGCAUUCAGGCGUUUCAAGAACAGAUUGUGAUUGCAAUCAAAGCUCCAGAGGAAACCAAAUUGGAAAUACCAGUUCCUAAAGAAGAUUGCAUAGAAGUACAUGUGAAGAGCACAAAAGGACCCAUUGAUGUGUAUCUGUGUGAGGUGGAAAAAGAGAAGCCAGGUGCUAAAACUUUUGAAGAUACAGUUACUGUCACUUCUGAAACUGAGCCAUCAGUUCCUCCUGAUGAAGCGAGAUCUCCAGGCGAAGGAAAAAACCAAACCACCUGAGAUGCCAGAUUAAUUACAACUCAAAAAUCUAACAGCGAAUGUAAAUAUAUGUGUUACAGAGCUUUUCCAAAGCCACUUGGAUCUGCAACCUUACUAACCUGAAACGUUCCAAAGUGGUUUAAAUUUAAAACAGCAGUGGGUUGUUUGAGUGCUUUCACAGGAUUGCUUAUCUUCCCAAGAUGAAAGAUGACAGUUAUUGCUUUUAGGACCUUUGUACUACAGAACUUUGGGAAAAUGGUAUUUUUAGCUGAUGAAAUAAUUGUAAUUGACAGAAAACACAAUUACUUCUAAAAAUGAAGAUUUGAAAACUAUCUCUGGGAUGAUCCACAAUCCUUACUCUGGGAUGAUCCACAAUCCUUACUCUGGGAUGAUCCACAAUCCUUACUCUGGGAUGAUCCACAAUCCUUACUCUGGGAUGAUCCACAAUCCUUACUCUGGGAUGAUCCACAAUCCUUAUGGGAAUGUAUAUAAUAAAGAAAUGCACUUUUCAGUUCUGAGGCUGCACUACUACUAAGCAGGAUUGGCAAGUACAAGUGUAACAAAGAACUGGUUUAUCAGAAGCCUUCACUAUAAGGAACAAGAUGUAGAUAUCCUGAGAGUUAUGCCUUACGCUGUGUAGGUGCUGUUUGCAUCAUUUGCAUCCAGCUCUGUAUGAACUGUGGUAUCAACACUGAAGUUAAAUAAUUGGGCUUUUUGUAUAUAUCUGUAUCAUGUCUAGGUAGUUACUGAUGUAGAUUUUUUGAGAUGGUUUGCACUUCUGCCCUUGUACAGCAAAGAAAUAAAAUAAGCUUAUAAAAAUA